AUGACUCUGAAACUUUACUUGAAACCAAUCUUGUUUUAUUUUGAGUUCUCUGAACACAAGUUCAGAUGGUAUGCCUCCGUGGACCAGGCAGACCGGAGUGACCGAGGAGGCGAGCGGGGAGGCGAACGGGGAAGUGACCAGUCUCGCGGGAGACCACAGGAAGUCAGCACAAGUUCAAGCGGAGGAGCUUCGCCUACCAAACCCACUGAUCUGCAGCGGUUCACCUUCACCAACCCGCAGGCCCCGUCACAUCAGCAGAACACAAGCUCCAGCUCUCUGGAAGACGAUAAGCCUCCUCUGCCACCACGGAAUUACAAACCUUCUGGUGGCGACAGGCGCAGUCAAGGUCCGGCUGAUCCCCACUGGUAUCCUCCACACAUGGAUCGCAGGCAGGACCGCAUUGAGACCCGCUGGGGAGAUGGGCGACAGGUACAGAACUACGAGAACCUGGGGCAGGAGGAUUCUUAUGCUGAUCAGCUGCGUCACCAGGCCAGGAAGUUAUCCCAGUCUCAGUCUCAACCUAAACUUGUCAGUGCACCAAGUUAUAUUCACCAUGGAAGUGGAACACGGAUGAACAUCUCAACAUCGCGUCCUGUGGAACGACCACAGGUCAUGAACGAGGCUCACCAGCCUAAGUCUGCCUUCAGACCAGUUGGGACAAGCAGUCCUAAGGAAGAACUGUCACAAGAUGGCGACAGACACCAAGACAUUCCACAACCACAGAAGAGGAUCUCCACCUCUCAUAACUACUCCAAUAUUGACUCAUCUGGCAGGAUAACAGAGGGUGGCAGCCAUCUUAGAAACAACAGAACCAAUGGGGAGCCAGGACUGGCACCACCAGCGCCACCACCCAAGAGUUAUCUGAGCGCUGAGUCUUCAGGAUCGCCAGGACUGACGCCAAGUUCCGUGGGUCUUCAGCCAACUCCAGAUGAUGUUUUCAGCGAGGAUGAAAACAGAAAAUUUAAUUUUGACAGGGUACCAAGUUCUUCCAGAGAAAGUUCCAUGAGGUUCCCAGAGCCUGAGCCAGUGAAAGGAGAAAAACCCAUCCCUAAGCCACGCCAAAGUCAGCUUCGACGUCGACCUUCUCUCAAUGAUGGCCAACCAACGCCCCAGAGCAGUUCCUCACAAGUGAGCACAGCACCACCUAGGGAGGAGAAAAUCAUCAAGAAGUCCCCAACUGCAGUCAUCCGAAAUAACAACAGUGAGCGAGAUUCCUACAGGAAUUAUGAAAGACUCUCAGAAGCAACUUCCUCUCCACCAACAAGUCAACAACAGGUGGUCAGGUCCCCAAAUUCAGCUUUCACGUCAACAGUUCGCUACAGAAAUGGCACCCAGGAGAGUAAAGAUAGCGGCAUCUCAGACAUGGAGGCAUUGUCAAUCACAGCAAGAAUUGCCCACUUGCAACAAUCAAGAGAAAAUACUUUUAGACCAAUUGAAAAAAUAUCUCCCCCGAAAUCAAAUGUUGCUGAGAUUUCUGCCAAGUUUGGUGGCAGUAGAGACAACUUGCAUCUUAUUGGACGUGAGAGCUCACCUGAGGCCAAUGAAGAUGGCGACUCCAGUAGGAAUAAUUCACAGCAGUUGUCGUCUGCUCAGAGAGUAAGUGAGACUACAACGCCUGAUAGAAGACUAAGCAGUGACCGUCUGUUGUACCAACAACAAUUAAUGCAACAACAAAAGUAUGAACAGGAGCAACAGUUACGUCAGCAGCAGUGGUACAACCAACACCACGCAAGUGACAACUACGAUAGCCAGCAGGUGGCAGCACAAGAUCUGGGGCGCCAUCGACCUGCUGAACUCAACUUGAGGCAACAGCAACCAAGGCCAGACAAGGGGAGUGAUGGAGAGAAAAGAACAAUGGACGAUAAUAAUGCUGCACCGGUGAUAUCUCAUCGCCGUCAAGUAUCGCAGGAAGAGCUAGAGUGUGAUGUGGAGGCUCAAAGGCUGGCCAAAGAGCUUCGUGAAAAAGACGAGCAGCUGUCGGCAGUAUUAGCGCCCUCUUCUGAGAUGAAAAAGACAACUGAUUACAUGAAUGGACUGUUUGAAACUGGAUGUGUUCCCACAGGUAAUCGCAGGCGAGGGGCUGAUGGGAAAUCUCCUCAGGCAAGGUCCAACACAGAUGAAAAGGAAAACAGUUUGAAUUCAAGUGAUGCAAAGAUGUCUUCCCCCCUCCCUCCAACUUCUCCAUAUUGGAGCUCUCCCGAAACGGCCAAACUGGAGAACAGAAUGAGAGAAGAAGGAAUCAGUAAAGACGAACGACUGAAAGAUCUAUGUAGUGACACCAAUGAUCUGGAGAAGAAAAAGGAGGAACUUAUUGAUCGUAUGCAGAAAAAGCUAGAUGUUUUGAAAGAGGAAAAAGAACAACUGGAAGAGGAAAUACAACAGAACAAUGAUCUUGGCAAACAUGUCACUGCUUUUGUGGAACAGAAGUGCAGACAGCAGAGCGAGAUAGACAAAUACAAGUCGUACAUUGAUGAACUUGUCAAGAUCAUGCAGCUGUUGUUCAAGCUGUCUGGGCGUCUAGCCAGGGCCGAGAACGCUGUCAUGAGUCUGGAUAUAAAUGCCGACGAAAAAGAGAAGUCUGUUCUGGAAGAGAAGAGAGACAAGCUCAGCAAACAGCAUGAAGAUGCCAAAAUGUUGAAAGAGGGAAUAGAUCGUCGUAGCAACCAAGUUGCCAAAUUUUUGAAGGAGUAUCUCUCUGAAGAGGAGUUUGAGGAUUACCAGCAUUUUGUGGACAUGAAAACUAAGCUCACUAUGGAUUAUCAUGAGUUGGAGGAUAAAAUGAAACUGGCUGAGGAACAGCUGGAUGCUCUGAAAAGAAGCAUGGAGAAAACACAUAGAUAGAUGGCAGUAUCAUGCAAGAAGGUCCUUGGAAAAAAUGUUUAACUGUCCAAGGUUCUUUGGUUUCACUUGCAUACAGAUAAUAGAUUGAUAAAGAAACUCCUGUAAUCUCUCUGGCCAAUUUAUUGAUUAAUGUUGCUACAGCAAUUAUUAAAAUGUCCAUUAUAUAUUUGCAAGUUUAUUGUGGAGGCGGUAUGUGUGCAUAACAUUUUUGCCAGUGUGCUUUUGGUGAAAGGUGGACCUGCUUGAAAGGUGUAUUUUCACAUGAAUGCCUCUUCGAAUUCACAGAAUUAAGAAAGAUGCUUGAAUACUGCAUCUUAUUUAAAUAAGGUAGAAGUGCAGAGCACUUAAAACAUGUACAGAACUCUCCAAAGCCCACUGAACUGAACAUUUGAGGAAUCUCUGGUUUAAUAAGCCAUUUAUAAUUAUAUAAUACAUGUAAGUGCUUGCAGUUAAUAGGGAAACUAUAUUGCAUAGUAUAGAAAACCCAAGCAUUCCCACAAUGAGUGUGAAGUAUUUUUUCCAUCAUAUUUUUUUCACACAUAAGAACUGGAUGAUUAUAUCUUACUUGCCUUAUGUUGUUGGCAUGGGACUUGAAUUGUUUUAGAUAUAUAAAUUUGUUUGCACUAAAAUCUUUGCACAUAUGCAAAAGUCGAAAAAUAAUACAUCCUUUUUGCUUAGUGUAGCUAUUUAGGAUGCAGUGUAUGGGAAAGGCAACAUGGAGAUAUUUGUAGAAGACAGUUGUCAGAUUUCAGAUUUAUUGUCAGUCAUCACAUUGGAAUUGAAAGUUGUGAUGCAAUGAAAAGAGAAGAAUCUCCCCAACCUUAUGUACAGUAUAUAAUUGAUGUUGUUCAUGAAAUGGUCUGUUAGCUUCAAAAGCUCUUCCAAUUUCAUGUUAUAAGCUGCCACCAAGGGGGCAUAUCCAGGUCCAUGUAGUCAUGGACUUUGAAGUUGAAAUUGUUUGAAGUUUAUUUUCAUCAUAUUUAUGGUUAUUAUUACAGUCAGAUGAAAUUGGGACAUUAUAGGUUCAAGGAGCUAGCAGGACCAGAUUGUCCAGUUUUAAACCCAGCUUCAUAUCUUGCAAUAUUCUUGGUUGUUAUGUACUAUGCCACAAUGCACUUAUGACUCUGCAUUUCUUCAUUUUGUGUUAAAAAGAUUUGUGAAAUUGCCAUAGAAACUUUUAGUGUGUGUAGAUCGAGGAACUGUGGAGGAGAGAUGUACCACAAUGUAACUUUCACUCCUUUUAUUCCAUUUUUUCCACUGGCAUCCACUACUGUAUAUUAAAAGUCAAUUUCCUACACCUGAAGUGAGCUCAAUGAUCACGUGUGUUAACUGUUUUCUUUGGAGGUGUUGUUUUUAAAAAUUGUACAAGUUAGAAAGUAAUUUAUAGUUUAUUGAAUCAUGUCACAUAAUUUCACAUUAUUUACUUGAAGAUUUUAAAGAGAACUUUUGAUUGUCUUUUUAAUGUGAAUUUCUUUGCAGUGAGGAACAUCCUCAUGUUCCCUCUGUGAAGAGAAAGAUUUUGAAAUUUUUAAACCAUUAUCCGUGCAGACCAGUCCACGAUGGCCUCCAAGGAGUAUAUUUUUAUAACUUAUUCUGUAAAUAAAUGCUGUUGAACUCAU